CUCCUGGCCCAGCCCAGGCCCUCCCGAGCUAUUUUGAAAGUGACCCUGGGCUCCAGCGCCCAAGGCGCGGGGAGAGGGCGCGGCGGGCGGCGGAACCAUGACAGAAGAUGACCGAGGCGGCGCUGGUGGAGGGCCAGGUCAAGCUGCGGGACGGCAAGAAGUGGAAGAGUAGGUGGCUCGUACUGCGCAAGCCGUCGCCGGUGGCAGAUUGCCUGCUCAUGCUGGCCUACAAGGACAAGUCUGACCGUGCCAAGGGCCUCCGGGAGCGCAGCAGCCUGACCCUGGAGGACAUCUGUGGCCUGGAGCCUGGCCUGCCCUAUGAGGGUCUGGUCCACACGCUGGCCAUCGUCUGCCUGUCCCAGGCUGUCAUGCUGGGCUUCGACAGCCGCCAGGCCAUGUGCGCCUGGGAUGCCCGCAUCCGCUAUGCGCUUGGUGAGGUGCACAGGUUCCAUGUGACAGUGGCUCCCGGCACCAAGCUGGAGAGCGGCCCGGCCACCCUCCACCUCUGCAAUGACGUCCUGGUCCUGGCCAGGGACAUCCCUCCGGCCGUUGUGGGGCAGUGGAAGCUGCCUGACCUCCGGCGCUACGGGGCUGUGCCGAGUGGAUUCAUCUUCGAAGGCGGGACCAGGUGUGGCUACUGGGCAGGGGUCUUCUUCUUGUCCUCCGCCGAGGGAGAGCAGAUCAGCUUCCUGUUCGACUGCAUCGUCAGAGGCAUCUCCCCAACCAAGGGCCCCUUCGGGCUGCGGCCAGCCCUCCCAGACCCGGGCCCCGGGGGCUCCUCAACCUUGGAGGAGCGAGCGGCCCAAGAAGCCCUUGAGGCCCUGCAGCUGGAGAAGCGGCUGAGCAUGCUCUCGCAUUCCGGCCGGCCGAGCAGCGGAGGGGACGACCGCAGCCUGUCCAGCUCCUCCUCCGAGGCCAGCCACUCUGACACCAGCGCCAGCAGCAGGCUCACCCCGUGGCCGGAGCAGUCCUCGUCCUUGGCAGGCUCGUCACAGGAGGGGCCGGGGCUGGCGGCUGCCCAGGCCCCCGGGGAGGCCACGCUGGGUGCCUCAAGGCUGCCCCCGAAACCGUUGCGGCCGCGGCAGCUGCAGGAGGUCGGCCGCCAGAGCUCCUCGGACAGCGGCAUCGCCACGGGCAGCCACUCCUCCUACUCGGGCAGCUUCUCGUCCUACGCUGACAGCAGCCUGGACGUGUGGCGGGCGGGCGGCGAAGAGUGCGGCUCGCUGCUCAGCCUGCCGCCAGCCGCAGGGGCUCCUGAGCCCAGCCUGUGUGCCUGCCCACCCGGGGUGGCGGAGUACCAGGUGCCCACCUCUCUGCGGCACCACUAUGACACGCCCCGCAGUCUGCGCCAGGCCCCCCGGGACCCGAGCGCAGCCUCCCAGGGUGGCCCCGACCAUGGCGCGACCACGGACUUGGGCAGUCAGGCGUUGGCCGGGUGUCCUUCCGGCUGGCUGGGCACAAGACGGCGGGGACAGGCGACAGAGGCCCCAGGCAGUGAGGCCACACUGCCCAGCCCAGCCCCCGGCGAGCCCUGGGAAGCAGGCGGGCCCCACCCCGGGCCACCUCCAGCUUUCUUUUCGGCAUGUCCAGUCUGUGGAGGACUCAAGGGAGCGGCUGCCUCACCCCCUGGACCCACGAUGACCCAUCCAGGACCCCCAGGGCCUGUGGCUGCUGAGAGCCCAGGGCUGGAGAGGCGGCGCAGCAGCACACCCACCUACGUGAACCUCCCCGUCAGCCCCUCCUCCAGACAGCGGCUGCACUACAUGGGCCUGGAGCUGCAGGAGGCCGGCCUGGGCGUCCGAGGGGCCGGCCCCGCCCACUACGCCCAGAUCGACCUGGCGGCCACGGAGACGGCGCAGCGGGUGGGGGCCCAGCACGCGCAGGCCCGGGAGGAACGGCUGUCCGAGCGGGAGCAGUGGAGGAAGGGGGCCCGGCAGUGACGCCCAGACCUGGACAGCUGGACGUCUGGCCCAGCCAGGUGGGCCGUGCGCUCUGUGGGGAGCCCUCGUUGUGAGGGGCCCUGGCCUCUGUGGGCUGGGUCGAGGCCGACUCCUGGCCUCCCAGCUGCAGGGGAGGGCACGACUGGUCUCGUGCCCAGACCCAGCUGGAAGACCUGGGCCCGCGCUGGUUCAUUCCCAUCCUCCCUCUGGCCAGGUCUCCCUCCUCACUGGCGUCCAGGGCUGACCCUUCCCUUGGCCUGACACGUCCCUCUGGACCACGGGCUGCUGAGGCUGCUCAGGCCCCUGACAGCACCUCUACCACCUGGGGCUGGAGUCGCCAGGGGAGAGUUCGAGAGUAGCUUCCACAGCCUGGGAUGACAGGUGACAGCCGCGUCCCAGGAAAAGGCAUGUCCCUAGACAGGGCAGGCAGCUCCUGAGACUUGCUGCCCCAGGCUCCCUGUAGUGUGGCCUUUGAGCCACCCCAGGGCUCCCACCUGCUGGGCCACAUGCCCUGUGCCCUGGGAUGGAGGCCACAGCAAGAACAGGAGGGCUGUCCCACUGGUCAGUGCCAGUGGGACUCCUACCUGUGUAGGACUGACUGACCUCAGGGCUCCUCUGUGUCAUAUGAAGUUCAACACUCUCCCGUUGUUUAUUUACUUCUGGUACCAGGGAUUGAACCCAGGGGCACUCGACCACGGAACCAUAUCCCCAGCCCUAUUUUGCAUUUUAUUUAGAGACAGGGUCUCUCUCGAUCCUCCUGCCUCAGCCUCCAGAGCUGCUGGGAUCAUGUGUGCCCUACGCCGGGCCCUGUUCUAUUUUCAACAUGUGUAAUUCCCUGAAGGUGGGUUCAUGUUUGGGCUGGGGGUUCUGGGGUAGGGGUGGAGGGAGCUGUCUCCCCCUCAGUGGAGCUGAGUUCAGGUCUCCUCGUGGGAACUUCUUCCAGAUGCGCCCAUGGCCUUGGGGGAGUCUGUGGCAAUUCCGUGAUUCAGACACUGGCGGGAAGUUUCCAGGUGUAAACUUGUGUGUGCCCCAGCCCACAGUGCUGGUGCUGUGGGUGAGGGGCUCCCCUAGGACAGCCACAGCCAGUCUUGGUCCUAUUUCUUCUUUUGUCCCUCCCUUCCCCACCCAGGAGGCCCCAGUGGUCCUACGGGGAUCAAAGGCAGCUGGCGCUCCUCUUCUUCUGGGGUUCCGGGUGUCGGCAGGUCCCGGAAGGUCAUCCCUCCCUGCUCUGCCAGCCGCACAUGUCCCCUGAGCGGACAAGGGCUGAGCAGGUGGACUCUGGAAGCCAAGGUCGGGGAAGCAGCUCAACUGUGGUCAGCUGGAGGGGGGCCCUGGAGGCUGCCCCACCAGAACACGGUGGGGACAGGCGCCCGGCCUAGAAGAUCCCUUUUGCCCCUGCCCAGAUCUUCUUAAAGAUGAGCGUGGCCAUCUUGUCCACUGGGGGCCCAGUGCGGACCCUCUGCCUGUCUGGGGCCUCCCACUACCGUGUGCAGGGCCGCCUCCUGGUCUACAGCACCGUCACCUCCAUCCACGGCCAUGCUGGCUUGGUGGGUCACUGGUUGUGGGCACUUAAGUUGACCUGAGUUGCCCUUUUGCCUUUUGGACAAGGCACCUGCCCUGAUACUCCUGGAGUUGCUGAUGGGAUCCCAAGCCAGCAUGGAGGGCAGGCAUGGGGACAGGCAGGGUGUCCCUGCAAACUCUGAGCUAAGCUGGGGUCUGCACCAUGGGAACUGUGUGUGCCUGGCCCCAGUGCUCCAGUCCUCCCGUGGAGCAGCUCAAAAGGGACCAGGCCUGGGUCUGCAGCCUGCAAGGACCCAGGGCAGGAAGACCAGGAUGAGGUGACAUGGAGGGACACAGCACAGGAGGGGAAUGUGAAGGCCAGCCCAGUGUGUCACUGCCAGAUAGGCAUCCAAUAGAGCCCAGGGACCAGAAUCCCACCAAGGACCCCUUCCCAGGCUCAAGACGAAGGCCAGGGUCCUGGGAUCUCCAUGGUCACCUGAGAGCCCUGGCGCCACCUCCUGGCUGCAAGAGCUCUGCAGAGAGGACCCUGAGGUCAGGCUCCAGACCCCACCCAGCUCUAGAGGAAGGUCAGGCAUUUGGCCAUGUGGCUCUGGCCUCCAAUGGUCAUCCUGGCUGGCAGGGUCCCCAGCACUCCCUAAGGCUGCCUGAGCUAGAGGUCACCCUCCCUCACAGAAGCCCUCCUGCAGACCCAUGUGUGCUUAGCCCCUCCCUGUGGCACCUUGGCCAGGCCAGGCCUAGCUGAACCUGCCCUCUGGCCCCCUGCUGGCCGCCCGGCUGCACAUCACACUCCCAGGCAGAGGGGAGACAGCCACAUCACGCCCACACACCCAGGCCUGGGUAGAGCCGCUCAUACCCAUGACAGAAAUUGGCAUCCUGCCACUUUAUAAGGAGGCAUCUGAGGCUCUGGCCAGCCAAGGCCAUAGGGCUGUGGACCCAGGUGGGCCUGAGCUGGCACGUGUUGCCUACAGGAGAGGCCAGGAGGGCCUGCCGGAGCAGGGAUGAAGGACCCUGGCA